AUGGCGAUUCCCCUUGGACAAUCGCCUCCCAGCGCCGCCGAUUUGGCGGCGCGCCUCAAGGCGUGCGCCAAGAACAGGGAUCUCGCCCAGGGCAAGCUUCUCCACAACGUCAUUCUCUCCAGCGAUUCCCACCGCCGCGACAAUUACCUCGCCAAUCUCCUCAUCGCAAUGUACGCCAGAUGCGGCAGCAUCGAUCUCGCGCGCCAGAUCUUCGACGCGAUGGAAGCGCCCAAUUCCCACUCGUGGAACGCGAUGCUCGUCGCGUAUGCCCGGACGGGGUAUGUGUCCCAGGCCAGGAAGAUCUUCGAUGAGAUGCCAGCGCCACACAAGGGGCUUUUGACGUGGAACGCGAUGAUUGGUUCGUACGCCCGUGCCGCGGAUCCACGUCACGCCAGGGAGAUCUUUGACCAGAUGACGUGUCGGGACGUGGUGACGUGGAAUUCCUUGCUGGCAGCGUAUGCUCACGCGGGGCAGUUGUCUCUAGCUAGAAGAGUUUUCGAGAGUAUUCCCCAACCGGACAAAAUCUCUUGGAAUAGCAUAGUAACCGCAUAUGCCCAGAACAGAGAUAUUGUACAAGCAAGAAGUUUCUAUGAUCGAGUGCCACAUCCAACAGCCAUUGCAAGCGCUGUUCUUAUCAAAGCAUAUGGUCAUGAAGGAAACAUAGUUGAAGCGGAAAAUAUUUAUAAAAAUCAUCUCAAACAAGAUUUAGUAUGUUCAAACGCAAUGCUCUUAGCAUAUGCCAAUAACGGGCAUUUGUACAUGGCCAUUAAUCUCUUUAAAGAGAUGGCUGAAAAGGACGAGAUCACAUGGAAUACAAUGCUAAAUGCUUAUAUUUGCAGCAAAAAUCUUUACGAAGCUAGAAUAUGUUUUGACGAGAUGCCACAACGAGAUAUCGUGGCAUGGACUUCCAUGGUCACUGCGUGUGUCAACCUUGGCAAUCUCGACGAGGCCAAGGCACUGUUUGAUUCCAUGCCAAACAAAGAUGCCACCUCUUGGACGGUGAUUCUUACGGCAUAUGCUCGCUCUGGGGAUAUUCUUAAAGCUCACUCUUUGUUUCUGAGCAUGCCUGUCAAGGACACCGUUGCAUGGAAUGCGAUGCUAUCGGCAUUUGUGAAUGCGGGAGAGAUGGACGACGCUAAAAAACUUUUUGACAAAAUGCCCAUUCCAACCAUUGUAUCUUGGAAUGCUAUGGUGUUUGGUUAUGGUCGGCUGAGACAGGUCUCUAAAGCAAAGCAAAUGUUCGAUGUUAUACCAAGAAAGACUCUCGAGUCGUGGAACACAAUGCUUGGAGUGUACGCUCAAAACCAAGGGUUGCAUCAAGCAAGAGAUCUUUUUGCAGGUUUUACUUACAAACCAGACGUAAUAUCGUGGACGACAAUGAUUACGGCAAAUGCCAAUGUUGGGGAUUUGGAUGGAGCAAAGUCGUGCUUCCAUCAAACGCCUUGCAGGAACUCAGUUUCCUGGAAUGCCAUGAUCUCGGCUUAUACUCACAACCGUUUAGGAAAAGAGGCACUGGAUUUCUACAAAGAAAUGGACAUCGAAGGAAUUGAGGUGGACGAGUCUACACUGGUAGUCGUCUUUGAUGCAUGUUCCCAAAUUGGCGUUUUAAAGCAAAGUCAAAUUGCCCAUUCUCACUUUUCAAACCACAAAUGCAUGGGUUGCAAUACAAAAGUGGCAAAUUCGCUAAUCAACAUGUAUAUAAACUGCGGUAGCCUCAAAGAAGCUAAAAUAAUCUUUGAUAAACUAGAGAUCAGAGAUUGCUCUUCUUGGAACACAAUGAUCACAGCAUAUGCCAACUCUGUUGGAUAUAGUAUUAGCGCCAUGGAACUGUUUUGGCAAAUGCAACUGGAUGGUAUUAAGCCUGACAAUAUAACCUUGCUAGCCAUUCUCUCAGCAUGCAACCACUCAGGAAAUCCUGACGCGGGCCUACUCUACUUCUAUUCCGUCACAGAUUUCGGGUUGGAUCCUACAAUUGACCACUACAGCUCUAUCAUUGAUCUGCUGGGGCGAUCUGGUAGAUUGCAAGAGGCCGGGGAGCUGCUAGAGAGCAUGCCAUUUGAAGCAGAUAUUGUGGCAUGGGUGACAUUGUUGGGUGCUUGCAAGAUCCAGAGAGAUCAUGGGCGAGCAAUGCAAGUAAAGGAUCAGGUUAUGGAGCUGGGACCUCAAGGCGCAGCGCCAUAUGUUUUGCUUUCACUGCAAUGA